GGUCAGGAAUCAUGUGACCUGCGAGGUGGACUCAAGAUGGCGGCGCCCAGAAUUCCUGGGAGAAGAGCAAAAGCAAGCUAACAGGCAGAUCCCCUCGGUUCUGGGGGGCUCGGCUGGAGGGAGAAGUGUGGUUCCACGCCCCAGUGGCCGCGGCUACCCCUUCUCUUCCCUCCUCCCAAGUGGCCCGACCCCAGUUUCCGUUUCACGCUCUUCGCUCGACCCCACCCCCGCUUGGAGCUUCCUCUUUUUGCCCCUUACUUUCCCGCUGCCUCAUUUCUCUGCCACGCAGCCCUGCCAAGGUGAUGGACAGGUCCUCCGGGGCUGCUGGUGGCAAGGUGUUUUCUUCUUCGACCGCCUUCCCCUAGACUUGGAUUAAGCGUCCACCCCUAGGAGCACCUGAUACGGCCCCUUCUGUCUGGUCCAGUCACCUUCGGGCUUGCCCAAGUGUCCAGGCUUCGAGGACUGAGGAGAAAGGAAGAGCUGUCAGGAAAUUAUAUCCCAGGAGUUGAAAAAUGUGGAAAAUGAUGAGAAACAGUGACGGAAAGAAGAAAAGAAAUAACCCUCCAGCUUCAAGAACCUAAUUUGAGCAGUCAGUGUGUUGGUGGAACUAUCAUGGAACAUUCUAAAUCUAUUCCUUGUGGAUGGGAAAGGAUUGUGAAACAAAGAUUAUCUGGAAAAACCGCCGGAAAAUAUGAUGUGUAUUUUAUCAGCCCAGAGGGAGUAAAGCUCAGAUCCAAAAGUUCACUUGCAUGUUACCUUCACAAAAGUGGAGAGACUUCUCUUAAGCCAGAAGAUUUUGACUUCCGGGCCCCUCCCAAGAGUAACACUCCAUCAGAAUCCCCGCAUCACAUAGUGGAAGCACAGUUCAAGGUGGAGCAGAACUGCCUGAGCCCAAAGCAGAAGCUUAGGAGGCCUCAUAGAAAAGAGGAAGAUGUGCUUCCACCCCCAUAUAGGGUUUCACAGGUACAGGACCUGAGUAGCGAGCCAUCUUACUUUACUUUCAACCAUCAGCUCCAGAAGGGUGCUAAUGUCAUUGACUCUCAAAAUCUUAAAAAGCCUACAACUACAAAAAGGAGUCACAUUAAGGAAACUAAGAAAGCAUAUAAGAAAGGUCAUUGUGGUUCUUUUCAACAACAAAAAAAGGCAGCAUCUGGUAAAGAAGUGAUUUUUGUUGCACAAGAUAUUCAGCUUCAGAGAACUGUGAGUAAUUCUGAGGACAGAAUGAGUGACAAGAACGUAAAAGAGGCAGAUGAAGAAAAAGAACCAACAGAUAAAGUAUUGGCUUCAAGCUCUUAUUCCCAAAUGCAUAUUGCACAAGUAGCUUCAUGCACAGAAAAUACUUUAUGUGCCAACAAAGUUUCAGAAUAUAAAGAAAAGGGUGGGCGUCCUUCUGUAGAAUCUGAAAAGACCUUUAUAGAAACUGAAGGAAAGAAGGAACAUUUGCAUGCUGACAUUUUGAAAUGUAAUUCUGAAAUAGACAGUAGCAGCGCCCAGGAUGAAAAAGACUUGACUUUUGUGACGAAGUUUCAAGAAAACACCAUCCAGCGAACCCAAGUAGAGAAAAGGAAAACCAGCCAGUAUUUCUCCAACAAAUACAACAAAGAAGCCCUUAGUCCACCUCGACGGAAACUGUUUAAAAAGUGGACUCCGCCUCGGUCUCCUUUUAAUCUUGUCCAAGAAACACUCUUUCAUGACCCAUGGAAGCUCCUCAUCGCCACCAUAUUUCUCAAUAGGACCUCAGGCAAGAUGGCAAUACCUGUGCUCUGGGAGUUUCUGGAGAAAUAUCCUUCUGCUGAGGUGGCAAGAACUGCUGACUGGAAGGAAGUGUCCGAACUCCUCAAACCUCUUGGCCUUUAUGAUCUUAGAGCCAAAACGAUUAUCAAAUUCUCAGUCUUUCCACUAGAUGAAUACCUCACGAAACAAUGGCGGUACCCAAUCGAACUGCACGGGAUUGGAAAAUAUGGCAAUGACUCUUACAGGAUUUUUUGUGUCAAUGAAUGGAAACAGGUCCAUCCUGAAGACCAUAAGUUAAAUAAAUAUCAUGACUGGCUCUGGGAAAAUCAUGAAAAACUAAGCCUUAGUUGAAAAAAGUGAACAUAUUAAACUAGAUUUCUAGCGGCACCACGCCUCCCUUUUUGAAGAGCAUGUGGUCCUCCCAACCACUCGGCACUCUGCCUUCACAGAUUUAAAUCACAGCAAACAUGAAUGGGACGGGUACAUACAUUUUAUUAAAUACUCGCCGUGCUCUCCACUGUUUUCUUAAACAGAUGUGCCAGAAGAAUGCUCUGAUACUUUUUUAAAUAAAGAGCAAUCAAAUUUGACUUCUUUUUAUAAGGUUUGGGGAUUUUUUUUCUUGAAAUACUUAAUUUCAGGCUGAUUUUGCACAGGAAGGAACUUGUAUCACAUUUAGACCUGGAAAAAAGGAUGCCAGCGAUCCUCUAAUUUAUAUUCCUUCUGAUUGUGGGAUUUCACCUCUGUGUUAAAAAAAAAAUCAUGAAAUUCUCCACACACUGACUGAAACCAGAAUUCCACAGUGGUAAAGCUUCGAUUGGUGUCACAAUUCAAAUAUGGAAACGGGGAACAAGGAAUGCCUAUCAGUCACCUGUAUGUGUAUAUACGUAUGGAUGGUUGAUAGGUUUAUAUAUUAUUACUUCUUUGAAAUAGACUCUAAGAAGGGCAGCUAUAUAUAUAUUUAUAUAUAUAUAUAUAUAUAUAUAUAUAUAUAUAUAUAUAUAUAUGGGCAGCUAACUCAGUGGAUUGAGAGACAGGCCUGGAAAUGGGACAUUCUGGGUUCAAAUGUGGCCUCAGAUACUUCCUAGCUGGGUGACCCUGGGCAAGUCACUUAACCUCAGUUACCUUCCCCUUAUCACUCCUCUGCUUUGGAACCAAUGCUCAGUAUCAACUCUAAGACAAAAGGUAAGGGUUUUUAAAGAAAAAAAUGGAUUAUAACGAGGUACAGAAAGACUGAGUAUCAGUAAGUAUAGGUUUAUUUAUUGUGAACUAAUAGGGGAAAUAAGCAAUGACAAAGCACUUAAAGUUCCGAACGUCCUGGGGGGGAUCACUGUACCCUGAAGUCCUUCUUACCUCUUCCCCACAGGUGCAGUUCUGUCUCAAAUAAGAUUCCUGUCCUGAUGGGUCUCUUAGACUCUCUAUUAAUCCCCGAGUCUUCCAGGAUCUGCAAAGGUCAUGGAGAAUUGGGGACUUGCCUUUAAUCUUGUGAGCCCCAAGACCUGAGUUGGAAAAAUGCCAGCUUUCAUGAUCACACACACCCCUCCGCCCCAGCCCCCCAAAGAGUGGCCAAGGGCUAAUAUCGGGGUCACAGCAGUGGCUCCAAGCUCAAAUAGAGGUGGCAGCCAUUCAUCUGCACAUAAGGAUGCUCAUAGGGCUGUGGGCUUCAUUGUUAGGUUUUUUUAACCCUUGCCUUCCAUUUAGAAUUAAUACUAUGCAUUGGUCCCAAGGCAGAAUAUCAGUAAGGGCUAGGUCAAGGAUCAAGGGAUUUACCCAGGGUCAUCCAGCUGGGAAGUGUCUGAGGCCAGAUUUGAAAUCAAGUCUGACUCUCAAUCCAUUGAGCCACCCAGCUACCCCCAUCUCUUGAAUGACUACUAGAGAGGUCCCUGUCCUAGAGACACUCUGGUCCUCACAUAAUGCUACCCCUCCCAACCCUGGUGUGACAUCACAAAGGAGCCUGGGGAGGUCACUGCCUCCUGGAAAAACUUUCAGUGUUAAAGUGAAUUUUCUUACGUAAUUUUUACAAGAUUGCCACCCUGGGGGAAUGGGGGGGGAAUAGAGUCACUGAGCAUUUUUUCCCUUUUUUUAAUGCACAGAAAAGAACAGAAAGAAACAUAACAAGUAGGAAGCUGCAUUUUCAAUUUAUUACAUGCUUAAAAGGAAAAACAAGCUGUAUACAACAGAUGAGCAGUUUUCUUGACAGUUUUCUUUUUUGGUUCUAUGUAAAUGUAAAUACCUGUUUUAUUUCUCUCAAGUGCAAAAUAAAAUGUUUUUAAGACCAAAAAA